AUGACUCUCGAUGACUUGCUGUGCUGUGAGCCAGGGGGAGGACCUUUCAGCAUCCACAGCUGUGCUGCUGUGCAAAGCCUAGAGCCAUGGCAGCUUAUGUUUUACUUGGAGAAGGUCAACUUCACCACACCAUUUGGUGAUGAAGUGUCAUUUGAUGAAAACAGCGAUGCCUUACCGAUCUAUGACAUCAUGAACUGGCAGUGGCUUCCUGAUGGAGGAACUAAAGUUCACCUUGUGGGUGAGGUUAAGAAAUCAGCCACUAAAGGUGAAGAACUCACACUUCAUGACGACAGGAUCUUCUGGAACUUUGAAUCCAAACAGAAAACAGAGUUCCUCUCCUACCAUGAACCUCUGGGUAUCUGCCUGACCACAGCCUCCCUGCUGGGCACGAUUAUCUGUGUUGUCGUCCUGGGCAUCUUCAUCCAUCACCGCAGCACCCCCAUGGUGCCUGCAAACAAUUCAGAACUCAGCUUCAUCGGACAACCCAGAGUAUGGAUGUGCCAGCUGAGACAUGCAUCGUUUGGCAUCAGCUUUGUGCUUUGUGUGUCGUGUAUCCUUGUUAAAACCAUGGUGGUGCUGGCGGUGUUCAAGGCCUCCAAGCCAGGAGGGGGAGCCACUCUGAAGUGGUUUGGCUCUGUGCAGCAGAGAGGGACAGUUCUGGUUCUUACUUCUGUUCAAGCAGAGAUCUGUACUACCUGGCUUGUGUCUGCUUCACCAGGUCCACAUAAAAACACCCAGUAUCACAAUGACAAGAUAGUGUAUGAGUGUGUAGUCGGCUCCACGAUCGGCUUCGCAGUGUUGCUUGGCUACAUUGGAUUACUGGCUGUGCUCAGCUUCCUGUUAGCUUUUCUGGCGAGGAAUCUCCCCGACAACUUCAACGAGGCCAAACUCAUCACUUUCAGUAUGUUGAUCUUCUGCGCAGUGUUGGUAGCCUUCGUCCCUGCUUAUGUCAACUCACCAGGCAAAUACGCAGAUGCAGUGGAGGUAUUUGCCAUCCUGGCCUCUAGUUUUGGCCUCUUGGUGGCGCUGUUUGGACCCAAAUGUUACAUCAUCCUAUUGAGACCAGAGAGGAACACAAAGAAAGCCAUCAUGAGUCAAGGCCACACAAAGUGA